AAGCAACAUUUUUUUAGCGGUGCAUAGUUAAAGGAAAUUAACAUUGUUGUUGAUGUCGAUCUAACCUCGAAAAUGUCUUCCCCGACGCCCAAAAAGCGUUCAAAAUCGAAGCACGGUUCACAUUCUUCUUCAUCGGCUUCUAAAUCAUCACUAACUGCUAUAAUCGAGCCACCCCAGAGCUUACUCCCUUCCAAAGGAGAGUUCUUGCGGCUCAUAGCGGUGCUCGCAAUCGCAUCCGCUGUAGCUCUCUCCUGCAACUUCUUUAUUACCUUCUCCAGCUCCACCUCUAAACCCUUUUGCGAUAAUUUAGACCCCACCAAUUCAUUCUCUGAUGCUUGUGAGCCUUGUCUAAGUAAUGGGGAAUGUUAUGAAGGCAAGUUGGAAUGUAUUAAUGGCUAUAGAAGACAUGGAAAGCUGUGUAUAGAAGAUCGAGAUAUCAAUGAAACAGCUAAGAAACUUUCCAAAUGGGUAGAAGCUGGCCUUUGUGAAGCUUAUGCUCAAGUCAUGUGCUAUGGGACUGGGACAGUUUGGGUUCAGGAAAAUGGUCUCUGGAAUGAUUUAGAUGAACACAUGCUGAAGCAAAAUGUUGACUCAGACCAUACCUCAUAUGUUUAUACAAAAAGAAAGGCAAUGGAAACAAUAGCUAAAUUAUUAGAGACAAGAACAAAUCUCCAUGGGUUACAGGAAUUCAAGUGUCCAGAUGCUCUGGCAGAGUAUUACAAACCUUUGACCUGUCGUAUCCGUGAAUUGGUCUCCAAGCAUGCUCUUAUAAUUGUGCCUGUUUGUGCAGCUCUUAUAGGAUGUGCGGUAUUAUUUUGGAAAGUCCGUCAGAGAAGGUAUCUUUCAGCUAGAGCAGAGGAGCUAUACAAUCAGGUCUGUGAUAUGCUUGAGGAGAAUGCCUUGAGGUCGAAGAGCAUGGAUGGGGGAGGUGAAUCAUGGGUUGUUGCUUCAUGGUUGCGAGAUCAUCUCCUUUUGCCUAGGGAAAGAAAGGAUCCUCAGUUAUGGAAAAAGUAUGUUGAGGAAUUGCUACAAGAUGAUUCACGAGUAGAUCGCUACCCCAAGCUUGUUAAGGGUGAAUCAAAAGUUGUGUGUGAAUGGCAAGUUGAAGGUUCUUUGAGCUCUGUAGGGAAGAGAAAGAGGGAGGAGGGAGUCGAAAUGAAAUCAGGUCAAACAUUGAAGGCUGAACCUAAAGCCCUGAUCUUUUGACAUGGGGAUUUUCUUGGAAAUGGUUAUAUAUAACAGCCUCGUCUUAAUGUCUUAUGUCCCAAAACAAGCUUAGAGCCUAGCAGAGCAGAUGACUUUUAUGAGGUUCACUGUAGCUUAAGUAAAGGUUUUAUCAGAAUAAUCGAAGAUCCAAAGAGCAAGUUUCCACCUUUUGAUUGUUGAUCUACAGCCAUUGGAGAUUGUUUUGGAGGUUAAGCCUUAAUAGAUAACCCCUUGUCCGCACCAUACAUUAUACAGCAUAGAAUAGAACAGCUAUAUGCUCAUCUGUUGCAUUAACAAAUAGGCAUCCAAAUUAAGGGAUGGUAGGAGUAGUCGUUUCCCCUGAAAAUAUUAAAUCAUCAUAUAUUUUAGAUAUUUUCUUUGUACUUUAAAUUGAUAAUCAGUUUUCUGUCUCCUU